AUAUUAAGGUCAGUCGGUUGAUGUCAUGAACACUAAUCUAAAGGUCAAACUCUAGAAAGAAACAAACUAGUAGAAGGUUCAUAUCUUGAAACAAUAAUAAGAAAUAAUAUUUUUGAAUUACUCCUCAUUUGGAUCGAAGGAAAUCCAACACCAAAAGAUGAAAAAUCUAUCAGUACUCGCGAUGUGUUAAGAAGACAUUUAAUCACUGCUUUUGAACAGUUAAUAACACAAUCGAAACAGAAUGUUUUGCUUUAUAGACCGAUUCUUCAACCUUUGUGCCAAUUUUUAUUCAAAUUAUCCUCACAGUUACGGCCUAGUUAUGAUCAAAUCUAUGGGCAUUUAUUACAUGAAGUUUGCAUCUUGUUAUGUAGAAACUUUCAGUUGUUGGAGUUUAGUAAAGAAUUAUGCAAAGAAAUUUUCAACCAACCGUAUAUGAUAUUUUCAUUGCUUGUUCCAUUAGUACAUCGAAAUGACCCGUUGGGGGAUUCGGCUAGAGAUUCACUCUUAAUCAUAUUUGGACUUUCUAAUAAAGAUGAUUGUCUUGGUCAAUAUUUAGCAUAUGAAUCUGAUAUAUGUCCGAUUUUAGCUACUGGUUUAAGUGGUCUGUAUUCUAGUCUACCAAAAAAGUUAGUUCCACGUUAUGGGCUAUGUCAAAAUCAUAACGGUAAUAUUUCAUUAAAUUCUCCCGGAGGUCCAGUUUCUGUAACUACGCCAAUCUAUAUUCAAUCAGAUUUACUCAACCCAUGUCUGUUGGAAUUACAAGUCGGUGGAGCUGAAUGGCAUCAAAUAACCGAGAAUGAAUGUUCCAAUUCAAUCGAUCUACGCCGAUUUUUACAUACAUUACAUUUUUGUAAUCUGACUAUUAAAAUUGCACAUCCUCAUGUUCGUGAUCAAUUACUAUAUUUUAUUCAUUCUGGAUUCUUGGUUCCUGUUUUAGGAUCUGCAUUACAUCAGAGUGCUAUGGAUGAAGUAAUUGCAGCUACAGCUUAUCUGGAAUUGUUUUUACGUCGUUUAACUGAACCUUCAAUGAUUAAAUUAUUUCUGAAAUUCAUUAUCACCGAAUCACAUGAUUCUUAUCAUAUACUCACAUCGAUUAUGAAUCGUUUAAAUGCAAACGCUAUGCUUGGGAUGGUCACUUUAUCCUUAUUUCGUACAAUAUUAAGCUUUCACUGUGAAGAUGUUAUGUAUGAGUUAAUAUUCAAGCAUUUACUAACUUUGAAUCAUUUAGAUUCUGAAAGGUUUGAUUCUUCAUCAAAUGGAUGUUAUAAAACUCUACUGACUGGAUCUGCAUUAUGUUUAUCCAACAAUGGCACAACACAACAACCAAAACUACUUUGGUCUACUUCACCACGAUCAGCCGUUAAACAUACUACUUAUUAUCAUCCUACGGUGGAUCAGUUAAUCCCGCAUCUUGUUAAAUCAGCUGAAUUAUUUUUAUCAUUAGCCAAUACAUCAUCUUGUAGUGAUAAAUUUUCGAAAUCCAGAUCUCAGUCAACAACAACAGAUAAUUCUGAAGUUGGCACUACACAAUUAAAGAACGAGAAGAGGCCAAAAUCAAGUAUAUCUUACUGUCCUGUCGAAAAACUAUGUAAUGUUUCGAAAGAAGUCAUAUUCAGUGGUCAUGGAGACUCUAUACCUACAAUCGAUCCCUUAACAAGUUUAAAUCGUUCAAACAACUUUAAUAGCGAAUCAAUCGAUGAUGAUGAUGAUGAUGAUUUGAACAAAACAUUAAACAACGAAUGGGUUGUUAUUCGUACAACACCACUCCAUCCUAUUUUAGUGGCUAAUAAUUAUCCAGAAUUAAUAAAUUAUAUUAAAAAUGCCAAUUUACGUGUAUCACGACGACGUCAAGCUUUUAAAUCAUGGCGUUCACAGUAUUGGCCAAAAAUGAUUGAAAAUAAUAAAGGGAAUCAAUCUGCAACAUCGUUAGUAAAAGAUGAUAAUUUAUUAGAAUUACAAGAGAAACGAUCACGUUGUGAUUUGUAUAGAACGAUCCAUUCGUCGAAAUAUACAAAUAGUAGUGGUUGUGUAACACCGGACUCAAUGCCUAAUGGAUUGUCAGCUAGAGAUCGUACAAAAUUUAUGCCAGACAUAGUCGACAGUGGUAGCAAAAACGAAUGGAACAGUGUAUGUGAUGAUAUGUCAUUGUCAUCACCAUUGUUAUUGAAUAGUUUAUCCAGGAAACAUACUUCAUCUUUAUAUCAAUUAAAUUAUAUAAAUGAUUCAUCAGAUGAUGAAAGUAAUCAAGAGAAUAUGAAACAAUCUAGCAAUUCAAAUACUACUGAUAACGACACGACUCUUAUCGCUGUUAAUAAUGUUGAGUCGACUGUCUCUGAAACUGAUACCCUUAAUAAGACAAUUAAUUCACGUUCGCCAACUGAUAAACAGUUAUCCAAUUCUUGUUCAACAGAAUCAUUUCAUUCAACAACUAUGGACAAUAAACAACCACAAACACAAUCAUCAGUAUUUUCGACAACAUUAAAAUUGGACAAUCAUGAAGAAGGGUGUUAUAACGCAGGCUCUAGUGUACCAUAUAAUCUCACAUCCACAAAUUCUACACCUUCGUGUACUUGUUUAUCAACGUUACCGGAUUUGCUAAGAUUAGCUCAUCUAGAUCCAAGUAUAGAAUUACAUAAUGGUAAUGUCGUUUCAUGCACCACCACAGUGUGUACAAAAACUGAUUUUAAUGAAAGACAAGAAUAUGAAUUAGAGAAUUUUUUAGCUGCAUUAGAUUGUUUACCAUCACCAGGACGUUGUACAAAACAUUUUGGACAUUUGGCACCAUUUAUUUCCUACAGCAAAAUUGAUGAGGAAUUUUUUAAAAAAUUGGAUGAUUAUAUACAUGAAUUUGAAAAUUCAAAAAUGGAAUUUACUGAAACAGAUACUGUUAGUAGUACAACAAAAACUACUACUGUAACUAAGAAUGAUAAUCUUAGUCAUAAUUGUAGUGAUAACGAAGAUGAGGGUGACAAUAAUGCUGAGACGAAAUCUCGACUCUUACAAUCUCCUCUAUUAUCUUCGUUAAUGGUUAGAUCAUGUAAUGAUGCUUUGGAUUCGAUAUCAUUAAACAGACUUGACUCAAUACGCCAACAACAAUGUCAGCAUUCAGGGAGUCAUAGUAGUUGUAGUAAUCAUUCACACUUAACAGAUUUCUCUUCAACUUCAUCGACGCAAUCUGCGAAACAUUAUUCAAAUUCAGUUGGUGUCGCUGGCGGUAUAGGUCCAUUUUUAUCCAUACUCUUAAAUCGUUUGGCUAAUAUGCACAAUAAUUGUUUUUUCACUAAUCUCCUUCUAACUGAUAUAUUUGCUGCAUUGGCCUCUUAUCCAUGUCCAUUAUUAUAUGAAUACUUAUUGAAUCCAAUUGGUUUAAGUAUAAAACCAUCUGUUAAUACUCUUUAUAAAGUGCUCCGAUCUGUGCAUAGUCAAAUUGUAGUCGCUUCGGAAUCUGUUGAACAAUGGAAAUCACUUGUGUUUCGUGCGCGUGUUUAUUUAAAUAUUGUCUGGCCAGGUCCUUUCAAGAUGACAAUUGAUCCAAAUUUUUAUACAACAAGAGAGAAUUCACAACGUACUAAAACUAAAAGGAUGGCAACAACGACAGGAUAUAAAUCAAAUACUACUUAUAAUAGUAAAAAAGGUGUAUCUGAGGUCAAGAAAAACAUUUCUACCUGUUUAUCACAAAAUUGUCUUCCUACAAAUUCAAAUCAUCAUUCACCUUUGAAUACUGUAAACAAAGAUUCACUUCAACAUGUUAUUCCACUAUUGCCUGUUACAUAUCCAUUACCAGUGAAUAAUGAUAAUAAAACUAGUUCAGAACGUUUACAUCGUAGUUCUGUCAGUGGUGGAAGUAUUAAUUUAAAUUUACGUCAUAGAAGUCGUAGUCGUGUAAAUCAAUUUUUAAAUUUAACAAGUCGUAUCGGUUUAAGUCCAGUAUUAAAACGUGCAUCACUUCAUCAAGUUAAUCGUACAUCUAUUCCUUCUUCUUCUUUUAAUCAAGAUUAUACCAAUAACAAAUUUAAAUUAACAAAUUCAGGAUCUGAUGAAGAAGUUGAUGUAAAUGUGAAACAUUCAAUGGAUAAUGAAAACAUUAAUAAUAAUAAUAAUAAUCCAUUUUAUUCAGAUCCAACAACAGAUAUUUCAAUAAAAACACGAAAUUUAGUAUUUGCUUCAAUUAUUUUUGAUGAAUUCUGUUUUGAACUAGCUGCAUUAUGUUAUGAGCAUAGUUUAAAUUCUGAUAUUCAUUUAACUAAAUAAACCAAACAAAAUUAUACUACUUAUAUUAAUUAUCAUUGGAUAGUAAGUAGUAUUAUACAUCAUUAUUAUUAAUUGGCUAUUUUAAGUGAUUUUAUUCAUUGAAAUUUACAUUUACGCAUAUAAUUCAGCUCAGAUCCCAUUCAUUCAUCCAUUCAUUUAGAAAGUAUUGAUUAUACCUGUUAUUCAUCAUCGUAUUUUCUCUUGUCGUCCAUGAGUGCUUGUUUUUCUCUUCUCUUUGUUUUUAAUUCACAGUAUAUUUCCUUGUUGCUAAACAAAAACUCUCUACAUAUUUAGUUACGUUUUCCAUGUUUUUCUCUUUUUUUUCUUUCGAAUUUACCCUUUUUUGUAAAAAUUUUCAGAAGUUGUUUAUCUGAUUCGUUUAAUAUUCAAUUCGUACUUCUCUUUUUUUCUAUUACAAAAUAAUAAUGACUUGUUAAUUACAAAAUAGAUUGAGGAUGAUGUAACAUAAUACAGUUCAUAGUUUACAUUUUUUUUUUAGAAAGAAAUUUUUUUAAUUUUUACUUUUCUCUGUAAAUAUGUAUCAUUCCUCGGUCAUUUUUUUGUUCUCUUUCUGAACUAUUUUCUAAUGGUUACUGUUUAUGGUAUUUAUUAGUUAAGUUGUAUUAACUUUGAGACCAGUUUUAAGAAAACAUACAAAAUGCGCCAUUAUAUAUUUGUAUUUGUUUUGGAAAACAAAAAAUCAUCACCCUUUUUUUUAAAGUGAUAUUUAAAUGAGAAAUAGCAUACUACAUAGUCCACUUAGUAGAAUCACCAAAUAAUUGAAUUCAUAAGUGUUCAUUCCGUUUCAUGUCAACUAUACUAAUAAUAUUUCAUUUAAUCAAUAUCAAUUUAGGGACGAGAAUACUGCGCAGCAGCUUGUUCUGUCCUACUUUACGGCUGAGAAACGUGGACAUUAAGAAUAGAAGAUAUUCGUAAACUACUAGUAUUCGACCACAGAUUCCUUAGAAAUAUUGCACGUAUCUGCUGAAAACAUCAGGUAAGUAAUAGCGAGGUCAGACGCAAAGUAUAAGGGAAUAAUGGUAAAUCAAUUGAUGAGGCUGUGAAUCUUCAUCGACUGAGAUGGUUGGGCCACGUGUUGUGUAUGCCUGAACACCGAUUACCACAACGCGCAACGCUAACUGGUGUUAGGGAUGGUUGGAAGAAAUUUAAGGGCGGCCAAACCAAAACGUGGCAUCAGUCAUUAAAGUCACUAACUUCUAGUCUGAGCCAUGUUGUUAGAUGCAGACUAAUUGGUUGGGGUCUGCACGACUAUCGUAACUAAUGGUUGGAGACUGUGGGUGACAUGGCUCAGAAUCGAUCACAGUGACGAAGGUGUAUACGCUCUCUGUCUUCCCCUAAACUAUGAGAUUAAGAUCGCUUCACAUCUUUCUUUCUACGAACUAGUUCUUACCACCACUGAAUUAACUACUUCUAUGAAUCCGGUGCUCGUCUUGCUGUGAUCAUGAGGUAUGACAACUUGGACCAAUGUAUGUAUGCGCCUGGUCCUGCGUUGUAACUGGCUGACUAACCAAUAUGCUCACUAAGUUCUCUGACGUUCAUUGGUUGAUUCAAAUCUUUGCUAUCUCCAACCUACCCAGUCAGAACAUACGAAAGCUAGUCGACCUUCUUUGCAGUACUAUGAAUCAUAUGAUACUAUGCAUCAAUAACGACACUAUAAUGUACUGUAAAUAAGCGAUCAUAAUCUGUACAUAAGUAAGUCUUCUGUGUUACAAACUGAGUAACAGAUAUAAUAAUUGGUUAACUAGUUUUUAAGCACUAAAAGAUAUAUUAGCAAUUGAUGAGCUGAAUAAAAGCUUAUAAUGAAGACAAUACCAAAAAAUACCACAAUCCAAAUAUCUAUUUAAUAUACAAUAAACAUAUAUACAUAAUAAUAAUUCCUAGCAUAUUCUUUAAAAUUCCACCUUUUCCAUUUAUUCGUCUAUAUCUAACAAUUACUAUGGGAUUUCACCAUGAAUUUUUUCUAAAUGUGAAUGUUCAGAUUAAUCAGAACUUAGUGAACCUUAGGUUUAAAUGCCUUUUUUUCGAACCAUGGGGCAAAUAAUUCCGAUGACCAAUCGUUUUACCAUCAAUGAAUUUUUGUUAUGUAUGUAGAGUAAUCCUAUUGACUAAUUAAUCCAACAGUUGUGACAUGUGAUUUCCGGAUUAACCAACAAAUAUGGUUAGCUCUUGGUUGCUAGUUGGAUAGUAUAAUAUAGCUCGGUUAUCAAGGAGAUUCUUGUCUAAUAAGAUCUGUGCCGCGCGCUUUUUGUAUCAAAGCUAGUAAAUCGUGUGUGAACGGAUUCUGUCGGAGCUAGUUAAACCCUUGUAGUUUAUUCUAGCUUCCGGACAAGCCAGUCUAUUAAUUCUUUUUAAACCACAUUUACACCUUGUUAAUUAUUCGCUUUUCAACCUGGAUUGUUUUUAUAUGAGCGCAUGUUUGUGCAUUUCCUAUCUUAUCCAUCACAUAUCUUUAACUUAUUUUCAUCUGACUACGAAUAUCGAUUAACGCUUGAUAAAAUCGAGUUGGCUCACAUGCCUUCUCCAUUGCACGUCAUUUUGCUUCGCUUCGUCCCUCUAAUUGUCUUUACAAAUCAAUGAGUAUACAAAAUAUACGUAUCCAGAAAUCCAUUUUCGUAUUUGACUUAUUUAAUUCCGUUAUUCAUCAACGUGAUUUAAGUCAAUAAAUAUACGAGGAUAACCUAUAUGUGUAUUUCGAUAACAGUCAUUCAUACGAUGUGUUUUGUGCUUCAAUUGGGCAAAGUAUAUUACUUUGAUUUAGAAAGUGGGGUUUCGACAAGUCACCUAUAGUUAGACAGUGCGAGGAACCAGCCUAAUUAGGAGAGUGAUGGGAAAGUGUGACUCGUUGGGGUUUUAUGAUUAGUCCAGGACAACACGUGAUGGUGUCACUUUCCCGCGUUUAGUGUAUCAAGGCUGGUAUGGUUCUUCAUCCGUGGGAGUAGAUCACUUUGGACCUUUUGUGGUUCAGAGAUUAAAAUAAUUAGAAAAAUAUAUGAAUGUGAGUUUACUUGUUUGCAAACAAAAGUAGUGCAUAUUGAAAUGACGUACGGCCUAAAUACUGACUCAUCUAUGAUUUCAUUUUCACGUUUCAUGGAAAGAAGAUUCAAUAAAUUUGACGCAUUGUACAUUUUGUUAAGGAAUUUUACCAAUCUGUGACCUAUGUAGGAUCUAAUUUGUCCUACAGGUAUACUACUAGACUGUUAAAGCUAUACUGGCUACCGCAGAGUUUAUAUGAAAGCUAUACAUACGCAUAUACAUACCGACCAGUAUUGCGUGUCUUAUCGAAAUGAAUAAAAAUUAUGAGUUACACUAAUAUAAUAAGAUAAUAAUGUCCUUUAAUUGGCAGGUCACAUGCAACAAACAUAGUCUACAGACGCAUCAGACCAGAUUGACUUGGUGAGCGCUUAAACAACGAUUUGAUUGGUUAGUUGUCAUUUGAAUCGAGUAUUUGAACCUCAAUGGCUCUGUCCUUUCGUCAUAGAAUAAUAUCUUUGGUCUUUUUGAGAUAAGCCUUAGCACAAUUUAGUUUAUUUUUUGAGUAUAUAGAUGUCACUAAUGAUAGUUAGCUAUCGUAGUUAAAAUGUCUGUUAGUGUGAAGCAUUAAUUACAACAACUCUUUGGUUGAGUGUCAAUGGGAAAUGAUAACGACGUAAUAACAAUUAAAACAACAGUGAUGUAGAACCAUAGCAAUAAUUUUACCUUUACUGAAAACGAUGGAAAAACUCACCCCUUACACUUUAGGUUGCAUUAAAGGAGCAUAAUGAUCCAUUUCAGUUCACUUACAAAUGCAAAACAAUCGCUAACGACGCUGCAGUUGUCCUGGUUUGAAAGUUAGUGUUUAAAGCAGGAGAAGGUGAGAAUUAUUUUAAACGUACGUUUCUGGAGCAUAAGUCUUAUUCAUACGACUUGUGGAGAUAGGCUUGACAAACUUAUUUUGUAAAUAGUUUUCAAUGUUAUUUGUAUUCAUUUUGUCAGCCUUCCACUGUAUGUAUAUUUAACAUUAAAUGACUGUAACUGUUGUUUUAGUAAAUGACCUUGAACACACUUUCCGUUGUGAUUCUGACAUAGCGUGACAUAC